CUGUCUUAUUUGGUCUGGCGUUAUGCAACUACUAUACAGAAGAUUCAGUUGUGGAACUUUUGUAGAAUUGGUGUCCGUAUCUUCAACUUUUAUGCUUUUUUCGCUGGAAGUUCAUCGGAGGUUUUUGUUUCUUGAUUGUCAUUUGAGUACUUUUGCUAUGCUGCCCCUCUUGGGUUUGUCCUUUUUAUUGUAGUUGCUGUGAGAUAUGCCAUGUAUUUCUAAAGUGCAUGUGUCUUGUUGUGCUUGCUCAUGUUCUUUAAGUGCUAGUCCUGUAGUGUUUGCUUCUGCUGAUUGCAGAAGUUAACUCUCAUGGGUUGGUGGCUGGGCCUUGACUGAUGCCUUCUUCUUUGCAGACCUGUAUUUAUUGGAUUGGUUCUUGGGUGUUGAUUGAUGCCUUAUUUUUCGGUUUUAUGUUUCUGAUUUUCCUGUUCAGUUACCUUCUUUUUGGCUUAUUUCCCCCAACUUUCCUGUUUGGCAUGUGAUCUUUUAUCUGCAACGGUGCUAUAUCAAUCAAAAAAUGAUGGUCAAUAAUUCUUCUUAUACAAGUUGUCACCUCUGUCUCUGUUACAUUAAUUUGACAUCUAACCAUAGAAAAAUAAUGACACAGUGCCAUAGAAAACUAAUUGAAAAUGUCACACUGUCAAUUACUUGUAUGAUGAAAUGUUUUGAAUCAGUGCAGAUUGAUGUGGGGGAAUUUUUACUUAGAGUAAGGAUCUUACAUAAACAAAAUCAGAAUACACCAUUGGAAAAUUAGUUUCUUAUGAAAUCUUCAGAUAUACUCUAGAUUUACUUUGUUAUUUCCAAGUCAUCAUAAACUCUAUGCCUAUUUUUAUUUUGUUCCAAUAAAGCCAAGAUCCAUGUACUCUUAGUUAUGUGCAUUUAUACUGUUGUGCAUAAUGAUACAUAGAAAAUUAAAAUAGCCCUUGCAGUGGAUUUAUAUAUUUUGAUGUAGCUUCACUCUAUUAUCAACGCUCCAUUGUUCCAUUAAACAGUCAGAAUGAUUGAGUUUAUGCAUUGUAUCAAGGUACUUUGUAACCAUCUUAAUGAAGAAAAUGUUCUGGUCGAGAUCAAGGGUGCACUCAAACUGAAACAAAUUGCUGGUGCGAUCAUAUUCAGAUGACCUGCAGAAUGGCAGCUGGUCAACAAAAAAAGCGGCUCGCAAGUUCUAACCUGCACGAACAAUAUAGAGGAAAGAAGAAGAAAAAGCUGGACUCGUCUGAUUAUGUGUUGAAUUUGAGAUCACAUAUUGAUCUAGAAUGGGAUGACAAUCUGAAGAGAGCUGUGGCAAAGAGGGAACAAGUUGGGAUAACAUGGAUGUACAUGGCAUCUUUUGUUGAUUCAGUUCCCAAAAGUCAUUCAGAUCUAGCUGAUGUCAUAUCUGUUCCUCAAGAAAUUUUUUCUUUGGAAAAUUUGACUGAGGUGCUUUCUUAUGAGGUUUGGGCAACAUGUCUGUCAGAGUCGGAGAGAAAGCUUCUCACUCAGUUUCUUCCUAGUGGGACAGGUGUAGAACAUGCAGUUCAUUCACUUCUCAAUGGGGAAAACCAUCACUUUGGAAAUCUUUACCUAAAAUGGUCUGCUUCACUUUGUGCUGGUAAUCUUCAUCCAGAUGCUGUUGUUCGUACAGAGCAGCAAUUCAGAGCCAAUAGAAGGGCAUACUAUUAUGAGAUAAAUAAGUACCAUACUGGAAUGCUCGAGGUUCUGAAAAAAUGGAAGGAGAAAUGGUUACGCUGCAAGGAUCCAGAAAAGCUGUGGAGGGAAGGAUUUACCAAGCACAAGCAAGGAAGCUUAACAGUGUCUGCAGAAAUGGCUAAAGUUCCCAUUAUAGCUAAGAAAGAAAUCCCACAUAAAGUCAACAUCCGUAAUGGUGAUAUUGCUAAAUAUAUGUCAUAUAUUAAGGUAAGCAAGACACAGCACCAACUGGUUAAAAAUAUAAAGCAUUCUGGUGAUGGCAUUCAGUCGAAGUUUCUCCACCGUGUACUGGGUGAUAUUAAGAGCUUUCAUGUACAGCCAUAUGAAACAUUUGAAGAGGAAGAACAGAAAAGGUUGCAUGAGCAUUGGUUGCAGGUGGCAAACAAAGAUAUCCCUGCAGCUUUUGAGCUCUGUAGAAAUAAAAAGUUGCUGAGAGAGCAGUGGAUGAAAUCAUUGAGACAGGAACUUGCUGAAAAAAACAAGUUAACAAUGGAUAAGGAUGAGAAGAUGGAAAAUGUGGAGACCUCACCUAAAAAAUCUGUAGAAAAUGGUGAUUAUGAACAUCAACCCAGCCCAGAUAUGACAGAUCAAGAAGAUGCUGAUUCCCCACAUAAUUCCACACAUGAUCAUCAUCUAGAGCGUAUUCAAUCCCUCAACAGUCAUCUGGAUCCAAGCCUAAUUGGGUCUAGCCCAAUUGCUGUGAACAAAGCAGUAGGACCAGAUAUAUUAGAACUUACCGAAAAUUCUCCUUCUCUUUCACAGUCAUUAGAAAACCAGAAUCCGUCUGAUGAGGAUGUUACACGAGCAAAGGCUUCUUCUUCGUCUGCUAAAGACAUGUGGCAGACAGAAAGCAUUAAUGAUCCUUACUACCAGACUACUCCGGAGAGCCAUGAGUACCUGUCUGCUGGUGAGCUAUCUCUUAGACAACCCCAAUUUACUGAAGAAUGCCCAACUGACGUGAUUGAUUUAGAGAGAAACAUAAUAGAACCAGAAUCUGGAGCCACUGUUGCCUCAACCUUUCAUUUGGAUAGUGGGGCAUCUGUCUUCUGUUCCUAUGCAAACCAAGACUGCAAUGAGCUGCUUCCUAACUUUUCAAAGGGACCAGGAAUGCUAUCAUCUUAUCCACAUGAACAGAUGAAUGGCGUGAAACAGCCUGGAUUGCAGUUUCUGAUGGCCAAUGAUAGCCUGUCAGAACCUGGUCAGUUCUCCCACCAAUUCCAUGGGGAACAGAAACUUUUGGGGCAGAGGGAGGUCAGGGAGAAGGAGCUUUACAUGAAUCAGAUAAUGAACAAAAAUGUCUACUCUGGUGGCAGAUAUCCAAGCCAAGGGCACUUUUCAUCAGUUGAUCAGCAAAGUUUUUCUGCUCUCCAGUCCUCUGUAAAUGGUGGGUCCAUGGGCUACAAUUGGUUUCCCGGUGAGCAUCAAGCUUAUACUAAUUGGUCUGGAGCUGAGUCUUCAAGCAGCCAGGGUCAGUGCUUGCUUGAUGGUAGCAAUGCAGAUGGCAGCCUCUUUAGUGUUUUCUCUAACAAGAUUUCGUCAUGCUCGCCAUAUGACACUGCAAGUUCAGGACAGUAUAUCCAAGCAAGGAGCUACACCAGUGGGGCUGUUCCUCCAGCUGAAAAUAUUUAUAGGUAUGCGCAUCAUCAACUCGACAAUUCAGAUCGCCAAGAAGCAACUACUGCUCCUUCCAUGAACAAUAUGUCGUGGAUGAACUUCCCACGUCAGAAUCCUGGCCUGCAUGAUUCUAUGGGAAAACCAUUUCUGGGGCCUUGGAACCGGUAGCACCUUUGGCAAAUAUCACAGAAGAUUUGGCCACCUUUAUGGCAAGUAUUGCUUUGAGUCAGAAAGAGGCUUAUGUGCAGAAUGCACAAUGUUUGGCUUCCUAGGUCAGCUGACUUGUAGCUUUGAAUGGGGGAUAGCUGCUUGGUAAGCUAAAUAGCAAACAUAAAGUUUGAUGUUUUGUACAUAUAUAUAUAUAUAUAUAUAUCUAUAUAUUUAUUUAUAACUUGUACA